AGGGAGGGUCCAGAGGAAAGGCGGCGGAUGGGGAUCGACGAGGUGCUGCAGCGGCACGCGGGGGAGUUCGGGGCGUGGCAGCUGCGGCACUUCCUGCUGACGUCGGCGGCGUGGGCGCUGGAGGCCCUGCACACGAUGGUCAUGAUCUUCGCCGACCGGGAGCCGCCCCGCUUCUGCGCCCUCGGCCCCGGCCGCUGCGCCGACCCCGACCCCUGCCGCCCCGCCUCGGCCGGCUGGGCCUGGGCCGGCGGGCCCGGCGCCUCCACCGUCGCCCAGUGGGGCCUCGUCUGCGCCGACCGCUACAAGGUCGGCCUCGUCCAGUCGACCUUCUUCGCCGGCUGCAUGCUCGGUGCCGGAGUGUUCGGCCACCUCUCGGACUCGUUCCUGGGCCGGAAAGGCUCUCUCCUCGUGGUAUGCAUCCUGAACACCGUCUUCGGCCUCCUCACCGCCUUAUCCCCUUCCUACUGGACCUACGUCGGCCUCCGCCUCCUGACGGGAUUCAGCACAGGAGGCGUGGGCCUCUGCGCCUUUGUGCUCGCCACUGAACCCGUGGGACCCACAAAGCGGGGCCCCGCCGGCAUGUCCACCUUCUACUUCUUCUCCGGCGGCAUCGCCGUGCUCUCGGGCAUCGCCUACCUCUUCCCUUCGUGGCGCAUCCUCUACAUCGUCACCUCCCUCCCUUCCUUCCUAUUCCUCAUUCUCAUCCUCCCCUUCAUCUCUGAGUCCCCGCGAUGGUACCUCGUCCGCCGUCGUACCGAUGAGGCGAUGGACGUCAUGCGUGCGAUCGCACGUGCCAACGGCAAGGACAUUCCGAAUGACAUCACCCUCAAGCUCGACGACGACGACAGCAGAGAGCAAGAAGAAUCUAACAAUCUGGAGAAAGGCGUAAAGGAACAAAAGACCGAACGUGCGGCAGGGGGGUCGAUUGUGGACGUACUCCGCACGCCGAUGACCCGACUCCGCCUCAUCCUCACGGUCGCCAUCAACUUCCUCUGCUCCAUCGUCUACUACGGCCUCAGCCUCAACGUUGUCAACCUCAAAACCAACCUCUACCUCAGCGUCCUCCUCAACGCCGUCGCCGAAAUGCCUGCAUUCGUUCUCACCGCCGUGCUUCUGGACCGCUUUGGAAGGAAGCCGUUGGGAGUCGGGACGAUGUGGCUCAGUGGCGUCUUCUGCAUUGUAGGAAGCAUGGUUGGAGGGUACGGAGCGAUGAAGAUCGUACGGAUGGUGUGCGGCAUCCUGGGGAUAUUCGGAAUGGCGGCGACAUAUAACCUGCUGUUCAUAUACACAGCAGAGCUGUUUCCGACGGUGGUGAGGAAUGCAGCACUUGGGUGUGCAACGCAGGCGUCGCAGAUGGGGGCGAUACUGGCGCCCAUGGUUGUGGUUUUGGGGGAUAAGGUGCCGUUUGCGGUGUUCGGCUUGUCGGGAAUUGUCGGAGGGAUCUUGGUGUUCUACUUGCCGGAGACGAUGAACAAGCCGUUGUACGAUACGAUGGCGGGAAUGGAGGAGGCAGAAAAUAAGAUUCUUCUCAAAUGAAAGAGAUAGAAGAGGGUUUAGAUUAGAGGAUUUAUGUUUUUGUUUCUCUUCUUAGAAAGUUAGUAUUUUAUCUUUUAUUUUUUCCCCUUAAAAUCUUUUUGCUCUCCAAACAAAGACAUCGAGGUUGGAAUGUUUUGGAGAUUUUGCAUAGGUGAAUUGGCUAUAUUUUGCUUGUAUCGGAAAUAAAUUAGAAUGAGAAAAGAACAUACGGAUAAUUUGCUCCAAA